GAUUUGAAUACUUUACGAAAUACGAUUUCGUUAAAUGUAAACAUAGAUGGGUUGCCUGUAUACAAAAGUUCAAGACAUCAACUCUGGCCUAUUUUGUGUAACAUCUUUGAAAUUCCCCACAUACCUCCCUUUGUGAUUGGAAUUUAUGCGGGUGAAGGAAAACCAUCUGAUCUAAAUGCUUAUUUAGAGUCUUUUGUGAAAGAAAUGAACGAACUUGAAGAAUAUGGAUUAGAUACAUCGUUGGCGCCAAAUGAAUCUAAAAUCAAAGUCAAAUUAAGAGCCUUCAUUUGUGAUUCACCAGCAAGAGCCUUGAUUAAAGGUGUCACAAAUUUUAAUGGAAAGCAUGGCUGUCUGAAAUGUACGGUGAUUGGCGAAUACUCACAUAAAUCAAAUACUGUAACAUUUCCUAAGUCCAAUUGUCCUAAAAGAAACGAUAAAGAUUUUCGUGCUAAAAAAUAUGAAGAACACCAUAAGCAUGAUUCUCCGUUAUUGAAACUAAACAUAGAUAUGAUAGAGGAUUUUCCUGUGGCAGACUCAUUACACCUAAUAGACCUUGGCUUGAUGAAGCGGUUGUUGAUUGGAUGGCGUGACGGAAAGUUGGGAAAAUACCUAACCAAAUGGAGUGCUCGUGAAAUUGAUAUUGUCAAUAGCUUUUUACUGAAUUGUCAAAUGCCCAAAGAAAUUCACAGAUCAAUGAGAUCUGUAGAUGUUUUGGCCCAUUGGAAAGGUUCCGAAUACCGCUCUUUUUUUUAUUAUCUAAGCGUUAUAAUUUUAAAUCACGUGCUCAAACCAGAACCAUUUUAUCAUUUUUUAAACUUGUUUUGCGCCAUAACGAUUUGCUCAAAUGAAAAGCAUUUGCCACUCUUGCCAAUUGCUGAAAAAAUGUUAGAAGAUUUUACAGAAAGUUUUAAGGCCUUCUACGGGCGAGACUACAUUACUAGUAACAUACAUAAUUUAACACAUAUAGUUGACGAAGUAAGAAAAUUUGGUAUUCUGCAAACUUUUAAUGCAUAUCCUUUUGAAAAUAAAUUAUACGCUAUUAAACAAACUAUCAGACAUGGAAAACAACCAUUACAGCAAGUUGCAAGAAGAAUAAUUGAAAGGCAGUUAAUCGAAACGGAGCAUCUUAGCGAAGAAAUUGUACACUAUCCAUAUAUUAAAAAAAACCAGCGAAACGGUUUAUUAGUUUUACACCUAGAAACAUAUAUUUUAUCAUCGAAAGAUGAAGACAAGUGGUUUCUUACUGACAAAAAUCAUGUAAUAGAAUUAAAAUCCAUCAGCUUAAAAGACAACACUAAGCUUGAAAUAGAAAUCACGGGAUAUCGCAUUGUUAAUAUCCUCGACGCUUUGAAAACCACUAAAAUCUUCUUUUUGAAUAUUUAUAAAUGCGAUUGUGCUCCUAUUGAAAAAUCGGAGUCCUUAUAA